ACUCGUUUUGCCUCUAUAAACCCUCCCUCAGUCUCUGCCAACUUGCCAACCCCAAAGAGAGAAAGACUGAAAGACUCUGACUCGUUCUCUCUUUUCUAAACCGAAGAAAAGAAGAGCUCCGACUCCGAGUCCAAUACACUCUCUCUCUCUCUCUGGAAUUUUCCGUAAGUGGAAUCAUUCUUUAUUGCGAGUUACAUAACAGAGUCACCCCCGUAGUCAUCCCGAUACCAUAGUGCAUAUUCCUUAUUUAUAUCUAUCACCCCAAACAAGAUUUUCUCUUUCUUUCUUUCUCUCUUUUGUGUUGGUAAGGUGAACAAUUUAAACAUGCAAAGCUAUAAAUGAGUAGUUUUCACGCAUUGAAUUUUACAUCCAUUUUACAGCUCACCAUUUCUCAUUGAUUUGGAGCGUUUUCUGGGUACCCAAAACCCAGAACUGAGUUGGGUCUGUGUGAAAAAGGGGUUGAAGACGAUGAAGAACGAAGAACAAGCUCGGUUUCUGUUUGGGAUUUCGCUCUCUGAUAGACCCAAAUGGCAGCAAUUCCUGCUUUGCUCUUCUGGGUUCUUCUUUGGUUAUCUGGUUAAUGGUGUCUGUGAGGAAUAUGUGUAUAACAGGCUACAAUUCAGUUAUGGGUGGUACUUCACAUUUGUACAAGGAUUUGUGUACCUAUUUCUGAUUUAUCUUCAAGGCUUUACCACCAAGCAAAUGGUGAACCCAUGGAAGACUUAUGUGAAGCUAUCUGCUGUGCUUAUGGGCUCUCAUGGACUUACCAAAGGCUCCUUGGCUUUUCUCAACUACCCCGCACAGCUAAUGUUCAAAUCAACAAAGGUUUUACCUGUGAUGAUAAUGGGAGCCUUCAUACCAGGUUUGAGGCGGAAGUACCCACCUCAUGAGUACGUUUCUGCAAUCCUUCUGGUGGUGGGUCUGAUCCUAUUCACCUUAGCGGAUGCACAAACUUCUCCCAACUUCAGUGUGAUUGGUGUUGUGAUGGUAUCGGGUGCUCUAGUCAUGGAUUCGUUUUUGGGUAAUUUGCAAGAAGCAAUAUUUACCAUGAAUCCUGAAACCACACAGAUGGAGAUGCUGUUUUGCUCUACAGUAGUUGGUCUACCUUUCUUGGUGCCACCAAUGAUUUUGACAGGAGAAUUAUUCAAAGCGUGGAGUUCAUGUUCUCAGCAUCCAUACGUAUAUGGUGUGUUAGUCUUUGAAGCCAUGGCCACGUUUAUUGGCCAAGUUUCUGUCCUUUCCCUCAUUGCACUUUUUGGUGCUGCCACCACAGCCAUGAUAACAACGGCUAGAAAGGCAGUGACAUUAUUGCUAUCAUACUUGAUAUUCACAAAGCCAUUAACCGAAGAGCACGGGACUGGACUUCUGCUCAUAGGUAUGGGGAUCACAUUGAAGCUCUUGCCUGAGAAUAAACCAUACCAAAGGGUUUCAAACUCAUCAUCUGGCAAACCCAAGAGUUCAAAGCCAGCUCAUAACGAAGAGGAGAUAAUUCAACUUGACCAUCAACAUGUUGGAGAAGAUGAAGAAAAGAGGCCAUUGGUCUGAUAUAUAAGACACUGCUUCUGUUGCACAAUGUCUAUCUAGCUACUAAGGAAAUGAUUAUGCUAAAUAACAUCACUUUAGGAUUUUUUUUUUUUACCUCCUGUUCCUUAUUUCUUUAGAUUUGGUCGGUCUUCUUUUAUUCUUUAUAUUUUUUGUGAAGUGUUGGUACCCCACAGUUCCCCAUAGUUACUGGUCUUUAUAUUUUCUUCCUUUGUUUUUGUUGUUAAUGUUUUGGACUAUAUGUAUGAAACAUUGUUGAGAACUUGAGAUCGUGGUGUACAAGUUUAGAUAUUUAAAAUUAUAAGAAGCUUGUAAUUGCAUUCACAGAGUAA